AUGUUGGGUCGGAUGACAGGGCGUUUAGGCGUGCGGUUCUCAUCGCACGCUGUCGGCCUCGUGCGGCAGAAGACGUUGUCGGACAUCACCAAGAGCUACAAGGCGCGUGAGCCGAUCGCUGUUGUGACGGCACACGAUUUCAUCACAGCCCGGAUCGCUGACUCCAGCACCGAUCUGGACGUUGUUCUGAUCGGCGACUCGCUCGCAAUGGUGUCCAAGGGGUAUUCCUCGACACUGGAGAUCCCAUUCGAUGAGUACUACUAUACGUGCAAGUCUGUGCUUCGUGGAGUGCACGAGAAGUACGUGAUUGCAGAUCUGCCGUUUGGCUCUUUCGAGGCGAGCGUGUCCCAGUGCGUUGAGUCGGCGGUCAAGCUGAUGAAGCUGGGAAAGAUAGGAUCGCUGAAGAUUGAGGGUGGGUUUGAGCACGCUGCCCAGAUCAAAAGACUCGUGGAAAUAGGAAUCCCCAUCACAGGCCAUAUUGGACUCAAGCCCCAGCAAUUCAAUGCAACGGGAGGAUACAAAGUCCAGGGUAAGAAGGCCCAUGACGCCGCAAAUAUCUUCAAUGAAGCCAAGUUUUUGCAGGAGCUGGGGUGCUCAAUGCUGGUGCUCGAAUGUAUCCCGCACCGUUUGGCAGAGUACAUGACAGCCAAUCUCAACAUCCCCACAAUCGGAAUCGGAUCAGGUCCAGGCACUUCGGCCCAAGUGCUUGUCCAGGCAGACAUGUUGGGCAUGUUGGAUUUCAAGCCAGCCAAAUUCGUCAAGCAGUAUGCCAACUUCUACUCCACAGCUACCACUGCCGUGAACAGCUACGCUCUCGACGUCAAGGCCAAAAGUUUUCCCGAACUCGAAACACACACCUAUCAGAUGAAGAACGAGGAGUUCGACGAGUUCAAAAGCCUUGUAGAGUCAUAA